AAGAAAGCUCCUUCAGCAUCUCUCUCUGCAACUUCAACUGUUGCAAUUGCAGUUUCAUGGCGAAAUCAAUGGAAGCCUUCUCCUCCUUCUACUCCUCAGCGUCUUCAUCUGCAUCUUACAAUAAUUACGAUGUGUUUCUCAAUUUCAGGGGUGAAGACACUCGUAAUAACUUCACUAGUUUCCUUCACAAAGCUCCGAAAAGAGAGGGAAUCAAUGUCUUUAUGGAUAGUGAAAAUUUGUGGAGUGGAGCAGCUAUCGGCCCAGCCCUCACUAGAGCGAUCGAGGGGUCCAAAAUCUCAAUCCCUGUCUUCUCUCAGGGCUAUGCCUCUAGCAAGUGGUGUCUCAAGGAACUUUCUGAGAUUCAUAAUUGCCACAAAUCCAACGGUCAUAUUGUGUUACCCAUAUUCUUUGACGUUGAGCCAUCGCAUGUUCGGAAUCAAACUGGAAGUUUCCAAGGAUCGUUUCAGGAACAUGAACAGAAUUUUGAGUCCCCCGUCGUGGAGAGUUGGAGGGAAGCUUUGACAGCGGUAGGGAGUCUAAAGGGAUGGGUUCUCAGCAAAGACACAAAUGGGAAUCAGGCAGCACUAGUUGACUUAGUUGUCAAAAGGGCUUUGGAUGAAUUGAUAAGUAGCAUCCACUUUGUUGAAUGCAAAUACCCUAUUGGAUUAGAUUCCCAUGUUAAUAAGAUGUUAUCUUUAUUAAAUUGUGAUUCCGAUGAUGUUCGAAUCGUGGGAGUUUGUGGUCUUGGUGGCAUUGGAAAGACAACUAUUGCCAAGGCUGUAUACAAUCGUAUCUUUUUGAAUUUCAAAGGGCACAGUUUUCUUCGAGACAUCAGAGAAGCAACGCAAUUCAUGACUCUACAGGCUUUGCAGAAUCGACUUCUUAAAGAUGUCCUCAAAAUAAGCAUUGACAUAGAUGAUUAUCAUAGAGGCAAAAAUGUGAUUAAACAACGGCUUUGUACCAAAAAAGUUCUAAUUGUUCUUGAUGAUGUGGACACCUAUGAACAAUUAGAUGCUUUGGUAGGUGAAAUCAAUUGGUUUGGUCAAGGAACUAGGGUCAUAAUAACAACCAGAGAUGAACACAUUUUGCAUAUGGCUAAAGUUGACGCAAUCUACUGGCCUCAAGAGCUGAACCUUAAGGAUUCUCUUCAAGUAUUUAGUUUGCAUGCCUUUUCAAUGAGCCAACCUCCUAAUGAUUAUAUGCAACUUUCACACGCUGUGGUACGCCAUAUUGGAGGAUUGCCUUUAAUUUUAGAGGUGAUUGGGUCUAGCUUAUCGGACAUAAGUAACAAAGAAGUGUGGGAAAAAACGUUACAAAAAUUAAAAGAAAUUCCUUAUGAACAUAUUCAAACAAUGUUGAAGAUAAGCUAUGAUAAUCUAGAAGACGAGCAUGAGAAAUCCAUAUUUCUCGAUGUUGCAUGCUUUUUCAGUGGAUGGGACAAAGAAACUGCAAUGUCCAUAUGGGAAGCUUGUGGAUUGUAUCCUACUGCAGCAAUACAGAGACUAACUAAAAGGUCCCUUCUAAAAUUUGAAUAUAAUGAGUAUGGUGUCUGCUGUUUGAGGAUGCAUGGUCAAAUCCGAGACAUGGGAAGGACAAUUGUCAUAAUAGAGAACCUUAUGGAACCAAGUAAGCGUAGUAGAUUAUGGUCUUAUGAUGAAAUCCUACAAGUAUUAGAAGGACACAAGGGAACUGACAAAAUAAAAGGCAUGAUCGUUCCCCCCCUGGCUUACGAAGUGCUCCUUUAGAUAUUGAACACUUUGGGAAGAUGUCCCGAUCUAAGAUUUCUCCACAUUAAUCCAAUACACUUAAGGGGAGACUUUCCAUUGCUUCCUUCUACCUUAAAGUGGUUCAAAUGGGAUAAUUGUCCUUUGAAUAUUCUACCAGCCAACUUUUAUCAUACAAGUCUGGAUGCUCUCGACCUAUCAUGUAGCAUGAUUGAACAAGCUUGGAUUAUAAAGGCUCUAGAUGAAAAUAAGCGGUUCCAAAGAUUAAAAGUUCUCAAUCUUAGUCACAGUAACAAUCUAGCUACAUGCCUAGACUUUUCAUGGUUUCCUCACUUGGAGCGAUUGGAUCUUGGAUACUGCAUAUCCUUGGAUAAGUUAGACGAAUCCAUCGGGCAAUUGAGUCAACUCAAAAAUCUUAUUCUUAAAUGUUGCGACUCACUAAAGAAGUUGCCUGAUUCUAUUGGUGAUCUAGACUCUCUAGUCCAACUUGACUUGUCAAGGUCAAAUAUUGAAGAACUCCCAGACAACAUUUCCAUGCUGAGUUCUCUUGUUGAACUUGUUCUUACGGAUUGCAGAUCACUCAAGAAGUUGCCUGAGUCCAUUGGGUAUUUAAAAUCUUUGGUUAAGCUAAAAUUGACUAAUGUUUCAAAAAUUGAGGAAUUACCUGAUGGUGUUGGACUAUUAGAGAAGCUUGAGGUAUUAGAUGCUUCUAGUUGUCCUAAACUAGUGAAGCUACCAAGAUCAAUGGGGAGAAUGAGGUGCAUGCAUCACAUUAACCUGAAACGAACCAGUAUUUCAAAAAUUCCUGAAGAUUUCCCAAUGCAUUCAAACAUAUUUGAGUUGAAAAUGCCUGUGAGGCUUCAAUCCCUCCCGAUAGAUCUGUCACGCUUGGAAUAUUUGAACCAAUUAAACCUUCUUAAGUGUGAGAAGUUGGAAUACCUCCCAGAGCUUCUCUCAAGUUUAGUUCAGCUGUGUUGUGAAGAUUGUUUUUCAUUGGUAAGACUGCCGGAUUUAUCAAGGCUGAAAACUUUGACGAUAUUAUGUCUUGAGGGUUGUAUAAAGUUGGAAGAGAUUCAAGGCCUUAGGGGGAAAACUAUACUUGGUAGAACUCAAUGUCCGAGGAUGCCAUAACUCGACGGUACCUUCAAGGAAAAUACUUGGCCAGGGAACACUUUUACCUGACAACCCAUUAGGAAGUUUUUCCUUGACUGAUAUUGAUGGGAUCUAUAAAAAGCAGUUAAUUCUGUGCCUUGUUUUGGAAUUACCCUCUGAUUUCAGGUCACAAACCAUCUAUUGUUAUA